CGUCGUACGCCCAUUCGGAAAAGAAGCGCGACGGCUCAACCGUCCCGGCAACAAGCCCCUCGGUUCGCGCUCGCGUGAGAGGCGCGGAGCGGAGCAGCAUGGCGCCGCUGAGGCCCCUCAGCCGGCUGCCCGGCCUCAACUCGGCGAACGUCUUGCUGGUGGAGAGCGAGGAGCAGUUUCAGCAGAGAUUAGCAGACCGCCUGGUGGAGGAGACCACGUUCACCGUCAAUGUGAGGCUGGCCAAGAGUCUGCCUCUGCCCGUGGAGAACGAGGAGAGCCGGCCGAGGAUCGACCUGGUGGUGUUCAUCAUCAACCUGACCUCGGAGCUCAGUUUACAGUCAGCAGAAGCUUCGGUGAAGUGUUUGGACCACAGAUAUUUCCUUGGAAAAGUCUCCUUCAUGGUCACUAAUGCUCGUAACGUGGCGGCCCCCGGCGAGCGCCUGGACGCCGUCAGGAAGCUGGCUGCCUCGCUGCACUGCGCCCUGCUGUUUGCAGAGGAUCAGACACCAGACGGCGUGACCAACGCCACAGAGAGGCUGCUGACCAUCCUGAAGGUGGCAGCCGGCCUUGUUCCCAUGACUACCGCUCUCUACCUGUCCAACCUGACCCGCGGCACCGCGCUCCGGGACAUCGACCAGCCGAGCUUUGAUUAAGUUGUGUUUGUGCGCGCUCUCCCAAAAGAGAUUUCCCCUUUUUGUUUGACGUAAUGCAUGUGUGCAGCUGCAGUUUUUUUGUUCAGACUUGCGGAGGACUCCUUCAGCCUCUUGAGUCAGGCUUUGAUACGGUGUCUUUAUCACCAUAGAGCUGUUAGCGUAAAGCUUUUACAAAGCAGCCGUCUGUCUGAUGGACGCGUGUUUCAACAGGGCGAAAAGGGACGUAAGUUAUCACUGUUCAUUAUGGUCCCGUUACAUCUUCACAUCCAAAUCCUAUGAGUCGCACACAAGAACUCCAUGUAGGUCGUGUUAAUUACACUUCAGUUUCACUCGUCGUUAUUAAAGUCACGAGUGACGUCGCUAAUUGGCUGUUUGUUUCGACGGACCCCUUCAUCUCACAGUGACUCACAGCUACAAUAAAUCUCCAUUUCUUGAUGCAUAAUCAAUCAUUUAAAGAUUAUCUACACCGUUACAACACUCACAUAGAUUUGUCUAAUAGUUUUAGCGGAUUAGAGCUUUAGUUGAUUGAAACAAUGUUGUUUCCAUAGUAGCUGCUCUAACUUUGAACCUGAACAAAGGUCUAAUCGCCCUGCUUUAAACAGACAUAAAGAACCUGUGUUGCAUUUUAGAUUAUACUGCGGGAACCAGAAGAACCUGGUGGUGCAUUGCUUAAGUCAAUGCCCAGUGUAUAUAAUUCUAAUGCAGCACCAUAUGCCUUUAUGUACAUAAUGUGUGCAUUGAUGCUUUUAACAAAGAACGUGUGUCAACACAGUGAUAUUACACAUUAAAUGUUCCUGUUGCCACUGAUUGGAUUUGAGUCUUCUGUCCUGAAUACCAGUAAAAUGCUUAAUUACUGACUAGAUAGCCAAGAUAAUAUGAAUAAAGAAAAUAAAUGUUGCAAAACAGA